GUCACCCAAACAAGAAGUAAAUUAUAUUGAACUCAAGAUCUUUUGACGUGAACUUCCCGUAAAUUCUUUCCCGAGCGAACUGCUUGGUGUCUGAGGGAUCGGCGUCCUGCAAAGCGAGCCAGGAAUGGGUCGGAGUUUCCCGGACGUGCCCGGUGCUUAGGGUCGCCGUAAAUUGGCUGUAAUAUCCCAGGCUCCUGGUCCUCCGACUCGAAAAUCUGACAGUGAGGGCUUGCAAUGCCCACCUUUGUUGCUUCCCCAGGUAUUCCUUCGCGUAGCAUGAAAGAAAUGAAACUGGAAGAUGAUGGCCGAGAAUCUCACCCCCCCGAAUGAACACCCAAAUGCGGUUGACGAGGAUAGGCACUGGGCUUUGGUACAUGAAAAUCCGACACAUUUUGGCCUUUGGACGUCCCUGAUAGCAUUUGUUGAGAAGAUGUAUGCUGCUGACCUUGGAAAGAUCUGCCAAGUAUAUGACUCAUUUUUGUGUGAGUUUCCUUUGUGUUACGGAUACUGGAGGAGGUAUGCCGAUCACAUGUUGAGUCUGGGAACAGCUGACAAGGUUGUUGAAGUAUAUGAAGAAGCAACAAAAUCGUUGGCAUACUCUGUUGACCAUUGGGUCAACUAUUGUACCUUUGCUGUGAUGUGGUUUGAUGAUCCAGCUGAUGUUCGAAGAUUAUUUGAACGAGCUCUGAGUUUUGUUGGAAAAGACUACUUGAAUUACCUUCUCUGGGAUAAGUAUGCUGAAUUUGAAUUUGCACAGGAGCAAUGGGGUCGUCUAGCUCGUAUAUAUCUUCGUUCUUUGAAGUUUCCAAAUAAGAAACUAGACAAGUAUUUUAGAAGUUUUAAACAGCUAUCUGCAAAUUGGAGAGAUGAGCUUGAAACUGAGAAAGAUGGUUCAGUAGUAAAUGAUCUGAAAGAUGCUGUCAAUGAUACAGUUUCAAAGGCAGAAUGUAGUCAAGACGAUGAUCUCAUGCAUUUGAAGUCGGACAUGACCAAAUCCUUGGCACUUGAGAAAUAUUUAUCUGCUGGUGGGCAGUUGUAUCACGAGGCAAACUGCUUGGAUGGAGAGAUCAAGCAGUUUGAGGCUGGCAUACGAAGGCCAUAUUUUCAUGUCAAGCCUCUUGACAGUAGUCAGCUUAAAAAUUGGCAUAUGUACCUUGACUUCAUUGAGACUAAAACAGAUUUUGACUGGGUCAUAAAGCUCUAUGAAAGAUGUUUAAUUCCUUGCGCGAGCUACCCUGAGUUCUGGAUUCGCUAUGUACAAUCAAUUGAAGCUAAGGGGGGAAGGGAGAUUGCAAGUGCAGCUCUUCUUCGAGCAACUCAGAUUUUCUUGAAGAGGGUGCCUGCCAUCCAUCUUUUUGCUGCAAGAUUCAUGGAGCAAGUAAGGGAUGUUUCUGGUGCUCACACAGAGCUUUCUAAUUACAGUUUAGACUCACCUGCUGAUUACAUUGAAAAUGUCAUUAGAAGGGCAAACAUGGAGAGGCGUCUGGGAAAUGUUGAAGCAGCUUGUGUGGUCUAUGAGAGAGAACUUGAGUUUGUGAAGGAGGGAGAGAGAUUGCAGGCUCUCCCUUUUCUCUAUAUGCAGUAUUCACAGUUCAAAUUGAUGGCAGCUGGUAGUAUAAAAGAAGCCAGAGACAUUCUUAUCAAAGGCAUUCAACGGUUGCCUCACUGCAAAUUGCUAUAUGAGGCACUUAUAAACUUCGAGACUGUUCAUGGGGGAUCAAAACAAAUAGCUCCACUGGAGUCCAUUAUACAAAAGGCAGUAGCUCCAGAACCUGACGUAUCUGAUGCCCUAAGCACCAGUGACCGCAAGCAGAUCUCAUAUAUGUUCUUGGAAUUCAUUGACUGGUGUGGGGAUAUUCAUCAACUCAAAAGGGCGUGGGACAUUCAUAUCAAGUUGUUCCCACAUACACUUAGACCAGAUUCUUCACAAGGAAAUACUACAGCAGAAUGCAAGUUUCUUGUGACCAAUCUAGUAGGGCGUUUGCUUCCUGCCUCAAUAUUAGCUGGUGGAUGUGGCAACAAGUUGCAUGAUCAUCCUCAGCAUUUCACCCAAAAACCUACAUCUUCAGAGCGGAAAAUGUCGAAUAUGGUAGAAGUUUGCCAGUCUGAAGAUAGGAAUGGAGGAGUCAAUGUUGAGAGACCAAAGGAAGUGAGCUGUCAUGCAGCGGAGACACACUCGUUCCCAGACAUGACUGUGCAUAUCCCAGAAUAUGUAGAGUCUAGUAACUUGGGAAGCAAAGACCAAGAAAGUUUAGAUCGUCGGGAUAAAGCCGUGGAGCAGUCUAAAAUUGAAAUCAUGAAUCAAAAGCCAAUAUCUGAAGCUGAAAGUGGAGGAGUCCAGCCACGGUUUGAGCUACAUGGCCAAAAAUCAGAGAUAGAUUUGCAGCCUCCUCCACUGGAAACUCUUUCAAUAAGCCCAUCCCAGCAUGGAAACCGGCCAUCAUGCCCAACAUCAUUUCAUGAAGGCAAAUCACCAUCAUGGAUCUCUCAGUCAAAUGGAAGCUUGGCACAGGGAAUAGACAAUAACAGAUUCACCGUCAGAUAUGAUAAAGUGCAAAGCCAAGCUGAUUUGUUAGAAACAAAACAAGACCAAAAGGUACAGGACACGUCGCAUUCUGUUGAGAAUCCUAGAGUGCAGUCAACAGGAACACUUAGUUCAGAUCCAACGAAGUUACAAGCUCACCAAGUUCUUCCUGUUAAUACUGCACCAGGUCAUCAGGACCCUGCUGCAGGAUACUGGCGACAGAUGCAAUACAUGGGGCAACCUUAUGCCACUCCUAAUUUUGGUUAUCAGGUCUAUGCUCAACAGCUCCAACAGUGGCAGUCGGGUCCACCUAUGGCAUCAUAUCCUCCUGUUGAUGCACGUUCUCAAGUGCAACCAAGGCAAGGAUCUCCUUAUCCAUCAGGUUACCAAUAUCAAGCGCCACCUCCAGCUUAUUAUGGUCCUACACAGGCUUGGCCAGUGCAGAAUUUGCAACAAACUGUUGUUCCAGUCCCCCAAGGUCAACAAAAUACAGAUGCAGUUCCUUCUCUUUAUCAUCAAGGACUGGCUUCUCAUUAUGCAGCAGCAGGGACUGAAUACUAUGGUGAUGCCCAGACCCAGCAAGGGUUUGCAUGGCAUCUCCAGCAACAGUAUCAGCAACCGCAGCUGCAACAACAACAUCAGGAAUGGAAUAGUAGUCACUAUCAGCAGGGGGUGUCAGAGCGAAGCAAUGUAGAUAUGUCUCAUGGCCUAGAAUAUGAGGAGCAAGCUGGGACACCUCAGGUUGAGGAAGCUAACUGCCCAAAGGGUGGUCCAGUGGCACCUGUUCAUUCCAUUUUGCAAGUGCAAACUCCCUCAAGUCAGUAAAGACUCUUAAGAGGUCUCAGUGGUUUGAGAAUAUGAAGUGAUGGAGACAGUAUGAUGAAGUGCAACAUUUUUCUCGUUCUUCCACGGUGCCAAUGUUUGGGACCGCUAGUGUUGCCAAAAUAUUACACUAUAUUUGAAGCCAUUCUUGCAAAUCUAUCUUCAGCCACAUUUGUAUGCAUUCUGAAUAGUUGGUCAUUGGUAACAAAAUGCUUUGGUAUGUCU